CUGUCGUGUUUCGAUCUCUGUGCCCAAAAGAGGACUCUGCUACCAAAGCCAUCAUUUCCAGCUAGAUGCACCCAAACCGACCAGCUACCAUGGAAACGGGCUGCACGGAGGAGCCUGCCCGGACCAGGUCUCAGUCGGUGGUCUGUGGGCAGCGGGAGGGAAGCGACCAGCGGUGGGAGGAGAACGGGGACCGGCUGCCUGAGCCAGGCAAUGCCUCUGUCGUGCCUGCGGAGCCACAGCAACCUCAGCCACCCCCUGGCAAGCUGAAGAAAACAGCUUUCAAACUGUUCGGAGGGAAGAGGAGCAUCUGUACGCUGCCCAGUUUCUUUGGAGGCAGAAGCAAAGGCCAGGGGAAAGUAGCCUCUAAAAAGGGCCUCAUUAAAUGCAAGACCCAUGAUGGGCUCAGUGGUGCUGCAUAUGACAAGGGCAGUGGGGUGCAGCUGGAAAGCCCUUCUGAGGGGAGCAGGGACUCGCAUCCUUGCCCUUUGCCGAGCUCCCAAAGCGCUCACUUGGCCAUAGACACCAGCGCCAAGUUUGAUUUCAGUCAGCAGGACAGCUCUCCACCUGGGAGUAUUGAGGGCUGUGAGAAAAAGCCCAAUGGAGAUAAGUCCUCCUUUCCCAGACCCAAAAAAGGCCUGAAAGGAUUUUUUAACAGUAUCCGGCGUCACCGGAAGAGCAAGGUUACCGAGUGUGAGAAAGCAGAGCUCCCCGAGUGGACCGGGGAUUCAGAGGAGACCAGCAAGACUCCUGGGGUGGGAAUGGAGAGCCAAGGGGCCAUGGAGGGAAGGGGACUGGGGCCUGUCCCUCUUGCCGUGGCCUGCCCGGGGAGCUUGGAGGAUGACCACUCAGUAGGCACAGCUGCCAACUGUAGUGAGGGUGCCGAGCCCCGCUGUCUCACAGCUGAUGAAGGCAGCUCUGAGGGUGAUGCGGUGGCAAUGCCGGGGAAGAGAGACCUUCUGGAUACAAAAUCAGAAGCUGAUGCUGUUGACUGCACAGAGUUUGACCAUGGCAAUCUGCUUCUGGCCUUUCAUCCGGACUUCAUGGACAAUGACCCUCCCUGCCUACACUCUGGGGACCUGCUAAGCAUCAUGUUAGGAGAUGUCACUUCCCUGAAGAGCUUCGAUUCCCUGACAGGGUGUGGAGAUGACAUUGCUGAGCCUGACAUCGCUGAGAGCACCAUCUCUGUGGAGCGCAGCAGAGAUGCUACUAAACGGAGCUCCUGCCUGGUCACCUACCAGGGCGGUGGGGAGGAGAUGGCCAUACCUGAGGAGGCAGAGGAGUACCUCCACCAGAUAUGGAACAGCAGCGCAGCAGAGGACAGGAACUAUGGAGCCCAGGUGUCAAGUAGCAAUUUGGAGACCCAUGCCUUGCACAAGGCAGAAGCCCACCACUACGUGGGGGAUGUGAUGGAUGGCAUUGACCUCCUGACACCACAGAGUGACCAGCAAGAGUCUGCCCCUAAUAGCGAUGAGGGUUAUUAUGACUCUACCACACCAGGGCCAGAGGAUGAAGCCGGAGAUGGGCUCGGUGAGAUCAAGAAAGACCGUCUUCCCAGAGACAGUUACAGCGGUGAUGCACUUUAUGAAUUUGAUGCUCUAAUGAGUCCCUCUCAUGGGGAGGAGUCCCUGUUUGAGAGCAAAGUCUCACGCCCAGGGAUCUUCAGCUACUUCUUGGACUUCUGCCUCCCUGCUGAGAAGACCCUGAUCCAGAUGAUGGAUCAGAAAAGAGGGGUGAUGGAAACAGAAGAAGAGCGACUAGCAGCCAUUCAGAAAGAGCUGCUGUACUGGGAGCUGCAGAGGGAACCGGUAUUGAAACGACUUGAUGUUCCCAGCAAGGAGAAGUGUCCCCGGGAAAAGCAGUGCAUUGAAUGUAAAACUAGAGCAGCCAGCUCAAUUGGCAAGAAUCAGAGUGGCCUUGGUAAUGAGCAGGUGGCCUCACAUGCCCCAAACAGGGGUGUGAAUAGUGGGGUUUUGGUGGCUAGAGCUGAAAAUCCAGAGUGGAGGGAUUUUCCAGGGACUCUGUGUCCAGAAAACUGUUACAACGGCCAAAAAGCCCAAGGAAGUUGCCUUAUUCAGCUCGCAAAAAACAACUCGGGGUUCGAUUCGGACCUGGAUUGUGGGUUGUUUGGGGGCUCCAUCCACAGUGGUGUAGCCCCAGCCAAAGCAGGGAUGUUCCCUAGCUAUGGACUCCCAGAGCAUGAGCGUGCCGGUGGAGUGGAGACCACCCCUGGCAAGCCCCAGGUGGGCAGCGAGCCCGAGCCCGAGCAUGCUGUGAGCUUCUCGCAAGCACUGGUGGAGUUCGCCAGCAGCGGGACUCUCUUCUCCAGCCUCUCCGAAAGCCUGGGGAGCUCUGCCUCUGGCUCUUCCUUCACCCAGAACCUCCCUGCCCUCCCCACCAUGGUCACCUUUGAUGUUGUUGACGUGGAGCAGGAAGGAGAAGGGGAAUGUGAGCAGCAUCCUGAGAUGAAUGCUGGCGAGGACAUUGCUGAGGCCUUUGAUGAUGGCUAUGGACAGAAAGAGUCGUUGGCUGAAUGUGACGAGAGAAUGUCUCCAGGGUACUCCCCAGGCUCCUUCCAGAGCUGCAACUGGGGUGUUGCCAGCCUGCCCCGCCACCUCCGCCUCCACGGGCUGAGCCCCUCCAUGCCAGCACCACUCUCCGUCGCCCGGAGGAGCCGGUCACUUGACACGGAGAGCCUGGAGUUUCAGCUUGCCGACUUGCAGGUUGCCAAGGGCGGCCUUCAGCCAGGCCAGCUCUGGUCAAAGCGGGAGGGUGGCAAAAAGGACUUGGGUGGAGCAAGGAGGAGCAGGAGCAAGGAGGAGGGCGAGCUGGUGGCUCCUGAUGGUGGGUUGAACUGGCUGGGCUUGCAGCCCAUCCAGCAUGACACCGACACAGCUGUCGGGGGAGUCAAGCACUGGGGUUUCGCUCCCGCUGCCGCGAUGGAGAGUGCCUGGGAGCCGUCAGAGCAGUCAGGCACCGUGUCCCCUUUCCUGUCUCUUUCCCAGAAUGUUGCUGGAGAGACUCCAGACAGGCGGCCCCAAGAACCAGAGCUGAACAGGCACCCGCUCAGGCCCUCCAAUUUACCUCUGCAGACCGACACGAGGCGAUUCCGGGAGGCAGCCGGUCCCUACAGGUACCAGGGAGAAGUCACUGCUAAAAAGCUGGCCCACUUGUUACCCGUGGGAGAAACAGAGCCCGAGCUGCUCCCAAGCUUUAGUUUCUCUUGCUCUCCGGAGAAACGCGCUAAGUGCAAGCCCGUCGGCAUCGCCCAGGGUGUGCCUCAGCAUCCCAACGGCAGCACCGACACGGUAAAGAGCCCGGAGUGCUGCGGAGAGCCCCUGAAAGGCAGAGCCCCCCCUGGGCACGCGCUGCCCGCCGGCUGCCGGAGCACGGCACUGAGCGUCACCGAAGCCAAAUAGCUGCUCCCGGAAGGAUGUGAAAAGGUUUGCAAAGGGCAGGGAGGGAGAAAGUAAACAUUAACGAGCAAUUUGUGAGUGACUUGAAUUUAGACCUGGGCUGAUAAGGAUGAGCUUCUCUCCCGCGGCCAUGGUACAUGGUCUCGCUGCUGCGGAUGCUGUGGCGGGGUUCAGAGCUGCCUCCGGGGUUCAUAUGCUGACGCACUUGUUUUCCAGCGCGAGCUGCCACGCUCUUGAAUGCCAAGUGCAGCAGCAGCACCUGGCACGCACUCACGUUGCUGCUAGAAUACACGCUGGACGCGGACCCAUUGCUAAUGUGGCAGGUUUGGUUUUUUUCUGCAGGAUUGGAGCUGGGGGAGCAAACCUUGGGGAAACUUGUGAGAGAAAUUGGGUUUUUUCUUCCUCUUCUCAGUGGAAUGUUUUGGUUCAGACUCACUUUGAAUGUCUUCUAUCUCAGUCUUGGUUUGGGAAGGCUGGGAGGAAGGAUGCUGGUUAUUUCCAGAGCAAGGACAGGAGGCAAGUCAGCUGAAAGGGGAACUUUGCAGUAACAUUUUUAUUUAUUAUUUUUUUUCCCUUGCCCCACAGGAAAGCAGGAGCUUUUGUGUGUGUGCUGAUAAUGUUUUCCAGGUCUCGUUUUUUUGCUCAGAGAUACUGUGCUAGGAGAGAUGUGCUGUUGAUGGUGUCCCUUUUAAGAACAAAGUGUCGGUCCCUUCUUUGUUGUGGUCUGUCUUCACAGUGUGUAAUUCCUGGUUGAAACCACCUUUCCUGUGCUUUGUCCCAUGCUCCUUGUCUCUCCCAGGCCAUGGGCACAUGGAUGAGGUCUUUGAAAUAAGCUAAAUUCGCAUCGUGCUGGUAGCUGUGAAGUUGCCAAUGUUCUUGCUUUCUUCAAAAGGAAGUUUUGUGGGUUGUUUUUGUUUUUUGUUUUUUGUUUUUUUCUAAAUUAUUUUACAGUUGUUUUCUUUGCAUAAACUCAUACAAGGAAAGUAUUCUGUUAAUUGGAAUACAGGAUGUAACGCAGCCUAAAUUAGGCUUCACAACUUCUUCCUCCUAACUGGAGGGAACAAAAAAGCUGGAGGUUGCUACACGUUUUGGAUUUCUUUUUCCUCUUUGAAAGAGUGUGGAGGAGGGACAUGAGCUAAGGAGACUGACUUUGUCAGAGGAGGUUGUGCGAGCUCCUGGAAACAUCUAUUUCGGGCCGUUGGUCCUCGAGGUGUCUCCCAUGUCCUCUGUAUCUCAAACACGCUUGUCUCUAAACCAAACCUCCCUGUCUGUGACUUACAAAGCUUCUUCCAUCUUCUGUCCAAGCUCUGUAUUCUGAUUUUAAUUCAGUUACUGAGGAAGAUUUUUGUUCCCCCCACCCCAAGUUGCCCCUUUUCUGCUUUUUUUUUUAGCUUUGUAGCAUUAAAACUAAAAAAAAAAAAAAAAGAACUGAAAAUAUCAGAGUUUUCUCCCACCUCCGGAGCAAAGCGUGAGGCAAGGGGCAGCUCUGCCCAGCCCUAACUCGCUUUUCCUGCUGACUCCUGCCCGCGGUGGGUAACCCCCCUGCUGCUCUCUGGACCUGCAGCCCCAUACGGAUGUGGCUCCCAUUGGAAACGUCAGCAGCUCCCAGCAUCACUGUAUUUACAGGCACAAGCAGCUGGUUUGGGUUUGUUUUCCCUGCCUCCCCCAAGCAAAAUGAGGUCCCGAUACUUCUUUUUUGAGAAAGGACUCUGUACUACCCCGUCCUUAUCUAUCUGUGAAGGAGCAGGGAAAGGCAAAGCCAGGGUUUGCUUGCCUGCGGUCCAAAUUAAACGUGGUUUUUUAUUGUCCUAAACAGAUUGCUGAGGCUAGAGUAGACCCAUCUGUGUAUCCAUGGGCUUAAACCUUAAUUUUUCAGUAUUUUCCCACCAGUACUCCUGCAGGGAGUUAUUGCAGGAACCUGCCAUGCCACAUUUAUUUCUCCUGUCCCUUUGUGCAACCAGAGAGGAUUUUGUGAGACAAACCUAGCCCUUGAUGCUGCUUCUGCUCUGCAUCCCCAACCUGAGGAGGAGAAUGUGAUUGGCCAGUGAAGGGUCCCCCCACCUCUGAGGUGUGAGUGCAGUGUCCCCUUGUUAGCACAGUGUGUGAGCAUCUGCUAGUGAAUAUUGCCUAAUUGGAACCAGCUCCCCUCUUGCUCAGAGUAAGGACAGGGUCAGGUCUCGUCACUGCACUCUCACUGCCACUCACAAAAUAAAAACCACAAGCAAGUACUGCUGGUGACACUGGAGAUGUCGUCACGAACACAGGCAUUCGCAGUAAUUGCUUGUCCUGAGCAGCAGCCCCUGACUGUUUUCUUAAUUACUAUUUUAUUUUAGCGUGUCACCAAAGGCAUCUUGUGGGUUAAGGGGGUUUUUGCGUAGUGUUUUGUUUAGACAUGGUGCAGCCUUUGCCAGUCUUGGUGAGGUAUGAAAGUGUCUCGGUGCUAAAAUGAAUGUUCAGUUGCAAAUGCAUGUCUCUAGGAAUAAUUCUUUUGGUUGUAGGUACGUAAUGGAAAGGCUUAGUGAAAACAGCUUCUAGACUCAAAUGUGUGAAAGCAAUACAGCCAAGACUUGAUAAUCUGACUUUAUACCAAAGGUUUCUCCUCUUAAUUUAAUGUGAACUAAAUGAAGCAAAUAUCUAUUGAUUUAAAAUGAGUUUUCUAAAAGCAUUUUUGGAGCUAAUUUACUGGAUUAUUGGUGUAUUCUGCCCUAUUAACCCAAAGAAAUAAAAAUUUUCAGUGAGCUAAUUCAUCCUGUAAAUUAUCACUGCCAUAGAGAGAUUGGAUUUCACUGCCUAAUGUAUUGUUCUUCCUAAAAUACUGUCUGCCCUGGGAUAAAUAGGAACAGAUCUUCUGGUCUUGAUGUGGAUCAAGCCGUUAGUCAAAUACUGCCUUACCUAAGGAACUCAAAUUUGAGAGUGGUAAUUGAGGCUUUUUAUGAAAAAGGGCUUCCAAACCAAAAAAAAAAAGUCAUAAAAGUCAGGAAUAGCAGAUUGUCUUGCCAAGAUAUUAAGGAAAAACUCCCCUGGAGGAACUCGCCUGAAUAUGUCCCUUCCAGGGAAGGCCUUGCCUCAGAGCGAUGAAUUAUGGCUGUUAACUUGCGAUGAAACCACUGACGUUCGGGUCAGUCUACCAAGUGAUUCUGUAUUGCAUUUUGGGGACUUUGGGGUUUUUUUGUUUGCUUUUAUACACAUAAGAAAAUGGUCGAUUUUAUCUAUUUUUGUAUAGUUUUGCAUUUUAUAUUCACGGGGAAAUUUUAUGGACUUUUACUUGUGCGCGUUGUCUUUUAAAGUGGUGUGGUUUACUGUUCCGAUGGAGAAAAGGCAAUUAUUGCUGCUGCUGCCACUGCCCGUGCAAUGCAAGGAAACCACCUCUUUCCUCGUACCCUCCUGUAACAUGCUGUUCCACUUUAUAUCCAGGGCCAGCUCUGAAACCCAGCAGCCGGUCUGUUACCAAUACACAUGCUCGCUCUUUGCACACACCGCUGACACGUCUUUGUUUUAAUAGUGCUUUGUCACACUCAUCAACUGUCAUUUCUUUUUUUUAAGUUUUGUUUUUCAUCUGAAUUUGUGGACUUUGGUGAUUUCUCCCCAGAAAUGUUGUUGACUGUCUUUAAAUUAGAAAACUGCAGAUUUUAGCUGGGGCUUUCCCUUCUGUGUGCUUAAAUUAUUUUAUCCAAAAUUGGGGGUUUUUUUAAAUCCCCAUGUGGGAGAUGCUGUUGGUUGGUGUGUGGCAAUGCUCUUGAAACCGGUGACAAAUUUCCUCUCCCUUUGGUGUUCCCUGGCCAGGCUGGGAGCUCAGCUUUCACUCUUGUGCGGGCAGAAUUGCCUGCUCCGUGUCUGAGGACUGGCAUUUAAAUAAUCCUGGGGUCCACAUGGGAUUACCGGGGGUUUUUUGCUUUCUCCUCCUCUCCUGUUGCGCUUGGCUGGAGGCUAGAGAGCUCCAACUCUGUGCCGCCUGCAUUGCCAGCAUCAGUAAAGCAUCUUCCUGGAAUAAUACUGCCUUGAAUUUUGGGAUCAGAAAUGCAAGGGUAGCUUCUAGUAAACUAAGACCCAACACUAGUUAAUGUGGCUCUUCUUGUUUUUGUUUUUUAUUUAGUUGAAUGAAUAUGCUGCUUUGUUUGCUUGACUCUGUAGGAGUUGUGCCCCUGCAGAGUUUGCAACCCUGUGCGGGGUGUAAGGGCUGAAAUAACUUCUCUGCAGAAGGCCACGGUGAUUAAUUGAGCAGACGAGAACAAUGUCAAACAGUGAUGCGCAAAAAGAAAAUUAAAUGCUGGAAAGCUAAAACUUUACAGGCAAAAGCAAAUUUUUUCCCCUUCUUUCCUCCCACCGCCAGUGCCAGCAGGGAUGGCAGUUGCCACUGAGACAUUUGGCUCUGCAUAGAUUUUUGUGUCUUUUAAUUAAAUAGCUCUUCACCUAAUGGUGCUUUUUAAAAUUUUUCUUAAAUGGGUUUGCCCCCGUUCCCAGCAUGGGAACUGGAUGGGCAGGUCGCUCCACAAACAUUCCUGGGGUGUUUGGACCCACGCCACAUUUCACAUUCCCUCUGCCCCUUAAUUUUGUGUCUUCCUCCUCUCCAGCUGGGCUACCUGCUCUUCCUGCUGGCAUUGAGUCAUCCUAGAAGAUACACUUGGGUGAAGUGAUAAAUUGAAAUCUAGAAGAGCCUCUCAGUUCUAAAGAAAAAAAAAAUAAUUAGCCCUUGUUGCAGGUGGCCCUGUGCUUCCCCUCUGCCAUCCCGCUGUGGGCAGGCUGCAGAACUGGUCUGCAGGUGCCCUGGGAGCAGAGGCGGCUCCUCCCAAGUGACCGACUUGUCUGAAUUUUUGGGUAUUUUUGUUAUUUUCUUUCUGGUCUCAUUGCUACUAGUCCUUUAAACUUUUUAAUGUAUUGAUUGUGUUUUAAAAUGAAUGUUCCUUUCACUGAAUUCUA